AUGGACCCUCUUGCCGCCGUCAACGCAGGCUGGGCCGACCCAUCGGCAACUGCGGCCUCCCCUGCGUCCCCAACUACGCCGCGCACGUCGUCCAUGGCAUCCCCGGCCUCGCCGACUGCACAGCAGCAGGCCGCUCGCGCCGCGAACGCUGGGGGCGCGCAGGCCCCACACCAUCCAGCGUCGCACCUCUCUCGCGAACCCCACGUCUACGGCGACCCCGGCACGACCCUCAUGCACCCCGGUGGGGCCAGCAGUGCGACAGGAGAGCAGGGUGCGCCGCCAGCACCGUUCUUGCGUGUCCGCAUUGGCGUGCUGGAGCGCAACAGGAAGGACCUGCUCAUUCGUUACGAUGCGAGCACCAACCUGCCCAACUUCCGCACGUCGCUGUACCGCAACAUGCAGCGCUCGUAUGUCGAGUUCCAACGGUUUGCAGAGCAGGCCCAGCUUUGUUGUCCUCAGACCAUUAUCCCGGCACUGCCUCUGCCGCACACGUCUGCUGCGACCGACGAGGAGGACGACCGUCUUGUGCGUAUUGCUCUGCAGCGGUGGUUCUCGCGCGUAUGUGACGACCCGGUUUUGCAAAAGGAGGACGAGUUGAGGAGCUUCAUCGAAAGCGACUUUGGGUACCAGCCAGUGCCCCCGCCCAGCUCGCGGCGACAGGGCAGUUCGGCCGGAGCGAGCUUCACUGCUGCGCUGUCCAAGAUCGUGCGCCGUGGACCGCUGGACGACGACGAUGAGAUUGAGAGCGCGAGGGUCACGCUGGAGAAGCUCGAGCCCGCAUGGCAGAAUGCGGCCAGCGCAGUGGGCAACAUGGGCAAGGUCCGCAAGCAGCUUGCCACGGCCAACGCUGAGGUUGGAUCCCGCCUCAUCACGCUGGCCACCGACGAGGGCGACGCUGUGCUUGCGACUGCCGAGCGCAAGAUGGGCCGCGUAUACGAGCAGCUGGCGGGCAUGUCUAGCGCCCAGGGCGCGAGCGACAAUGUCAUUCUUAACGACUCGCUCGCGUACCAGGCUACCAACGCCAAGUCCGCCCGUGACGCCCUUGCGCAGCGCUCUAUCAUUCUCGAGGACAGCCAGAGCGCGACAAAGGCAGCCAUCAACAAGCGCCGCGUCGUCGAGCGCCUCAAGGGCAGCUCGAGCAUCAACCCGGCCAAGGUCGACGAGGCCAUUACCGACAUGGAGGAGGCCAACGCCAUCGAGACCCGCCUCACAUCACACAUCACUGCCAUCUCGCAGAACCUCCAUUAUGCGCUGCGUGGCCACUCGCGCUCGGCCCACGAGGACAUUGCCAUCUCCCUCCUUGAGCACGCGCGCAUGAGCAUCAUCUUCAACCGCCAGACCCUGCGUGAACUCGAGGCCCUCCGUCCCGACCUUACACGCGCGUCCAACCCGGUGACUUCGCCGCUGAGCCAGUCGGCCGUGGCGCCCCCGCCUCCCAUGGCUGGCGCGUACACCAACACUGGCCCCGCCGCACCCCAGAUUCCCGGCAUGCCCAACCAGGCCGCCCAGCAGGCUUCACGCCCCGGGUUCGCUUCCACUCCAGUCCCGGCAGCAGGCAUGGCGCAGUCCAUGUUCCUCCCCGGCCAGGCCGGCGCUGGCGAUCUCAACCGGCCCCGCUCGGCUGCCGGUGCACCAGGUGGACCCCUCGGUGGCGGUCCGAUGACACCCUCAGCCUCGUCCUCCGGUGGGCCCGUGGACCCACUCGGCGGCGCGCCCAUGGCGCAGAGCAUGAUGCUCCCCGGCCGGAGUGGGACGCCCGGCCGCGCCCCGCCCAGGAGGUUGGAUGAGCGCAAGGCAGCAAAGCUGCUUGCUGGCGGGUUCUGA